UUGAAUUCAGCAAUAAAUGGUAGUACUGGUAGCCCUAGAAAAAUAUGCCAGUAAUUCUGUGAACAUAAGUGUUCUCCUAUUCUGUACUUGGCCUGGGUGUGCAUGUCUGACUGUGCUGCAAGCCCACUGACAGUGCUGAAAAUAACCAUCUCCAGGAUUAUUUAUUUAUUUUAAAAACAGGGUUUUAAUUCUGAAGGGAGUCCUGUGGGUUUUCCUCCCUGCCACAUGCUAUGUUAAUUGCCCUUGGUGUGUACACAGAGCAGGCAAAGCUGCCCCAAGAGGACAGCCUUUGGGAGGAGACCUCACGGUCCCCUGUGUCACAGGGAACUGCCAUUUCAGAUUUUCUUGCAUGGACAGGACACCUGAAGAGCUAGAGAAGCCAUUUGAGGUCCCAUGACAAACAGAACUGUCUGCUAACACAGUGCCCUUUUAGAAGAACAGCCUCUGAGCAAGAAUACAAAUUGUUGUCGGAAUAAUAUGCGAACAGAUCAUGAAGAACUCUGUGGCACCAGUUAUGGAUCUUUUUGUCUAAAUGGAGGGAUUUGUUAUAUGAUUCCUACUGUAUCCAGUCCGUUCUGCAGGUGUAUUGAGAAUUACACAGGAGCCCGUUGUGAGGAGGUUUUGCUGCCCAGCAUCAAGUCCCAAACAAAAGGUGACCUGUUUGCAGCUUUCUUGGCUUCACUUCUUCUGCUAGGAGUUCUUGUAAUUGGAGCAUUCUACUUCCUUUGCAGAAGAGCUUCCAUUCCAAGGACGAGUUCCUCUGAGUGUGGUGCCAACCUGGUUGAGUCUACAAGCAGCAAUGGCUGCAACAAAAUAAUAACAGAGUAAGGCAUUCAAGUGGAAGAAUGGUGAGAAAACAACAGGCUGAGCAACCCUGAGAACACACUAGUUGUAGAGGCUGGCGUGGUAAGCAAGAUGAGAGAAGCAAGCAGACUGAAAUAGGAGCCUUGCUUAUAUGUUGGAGAAGACCCCAACCAGGACAUAACAAGAAACAAAGCUGCUAUGUGUUUUUAAAUACAGAAAUCACUAUCAUCACUAUAAUUUAGGUUUGAAUUUUGUGAGAUUUUUCAUAACAAGUUACUGUUUUCAAUAAUGCACAGGUAGAAGCAUGAGAUAAAUUUGGUUUUUACUGCAUGGGAGAUAUGAAAUAAUCUUUUUUUCACUUCACAGAUAAUAUGAGACAAUCAUGGGGGUUUUAGAAUGAGGUAAUAUUGCAAAUUUUUGAUAGGAUUGUCUUUUUUAACAGGAUUGCCCCAGAGGAGUUGAGGACUGUUUUGAUUCAGUAGCUUCAAAUUUUAUAGCUGUGAUACAUGUCCAGAAUUUGGCUUGUUUUAGAUGCACUUACCAGAUUGUAGGGGGAGAAAAAGUACCUUUCUCCAGCUAAUACUGAUAUUUAUUUUUUUUAAUAGUCAGAGGACAUGAGGAUGAGGUAUCACUGCUAGUGUGCUGGCCAGCUUCCUUGCUUGGGAAUUUAAUUCAAGUUGAAAGAAAAUAUUAAGAAAAGAGAUUGGUAAUGGUUAAAAGAAGUUUACUAAGCAGAGUAUUUACCCUUUGUUUGGUGUAUGUCCCUAAUAUUAAGCAAGGUACCAUCCUUGAUGGUUUUACUUCUGUCUUGCCUUCUUCUGAAAAUCACACUACUAAGGGAGAUUUAAACCUUACCUUAUAUUUUCCAGUUGGUAUUUCACAUACUAGAAGUAAGGAAUUUUAUUCAUCAGGCCCAUUCCUGAGACAAAAUAAUAUCCAGCCAGGUCUCUUGGCUGAACAAGUGCUGCCCUCUCUAAAGGUUUAUUUGUUUUAUUUACAUAACCAUUUGUUGAUCACACCAGUAUAUUCCAUAUCACUGUCUGGUUCCUCACAGGAUUCUGUUACUCAGACAAAGAGAGACCAAAUGACAUGGUCUGUCUCUCCUUCUGCCUUGACAACACAAAGAGAUUACCUGGUUAGUCAGAGGCAUAGAAAAUGUAAACUAAACAAUUUUCUCUGCAACUCAUUUCUAGCACUGGAGGUGCAUUUCCAUAAUGGCAAAUUGCCUGGCAGCUUGCUGUAUGGGAUUUAUAAGGUUGGAUUGAAGAGAAAGUUAAUUGAUAAAACUUCAGGAAUUGAAGGGAGACAAAAUGCAGAAUGCAGAUUUCUUACCACUGUAAUGAAAAAUCUUGAGGUGAAUAAAAAUAUAGAUGGAACUAAAAUGUUGAAUAAGCUUCUA